AUGGUGGGAGGGUGGUGGGAGAGGCGUUCUAGCUCGGGAUGUGUCGCCCUGAAUAUCACCAGCAUCCAGGUCCCUCCCCAGGUCAAGGCAGGUGACCCAGUUAAGCUCCACUGCCACUUCGACCUGGAGGGAGACAAGCUGUACUCCGUCACCUGGUGGAGGGAGCAGGAGAUGUUCUACCAGUUCACACCAGCUUCCACUAAAAUGAAGACCAUAUAUGACCGAUACGGAAUCCACGUUAAUGAGGCUCAGUCGAACAUCACGACGGUAGUGCUGCAGAACGUGACCCACGCCACCGCAGGGGAAUACAUGUGCGAGGUGGUGGCGGAUCACCCAACUUUCGAAAAGGACUCGCAGCUCAGGAACAUGGAGGUUAUAGACGUGCCCGACCGCUUCCCCGUGCUGCAAGUCUCCAGGACAGAGUACUCGCGAGGAGACCAGCUGGUGGCCAACUGCACCUCGCCCGGAGCCCGACCCGCACCUCAGCUGGAGUGGCUCAUUAACGGGGACAUGGUAUCCAAACAACACAGCCAGCUGGUGAGCGAAGGCAGCUCGGUUAUGGGUCUUCUCUCGCCCACCUCAGAGCUUCGCCUUCGCCUCACAGACAGACACUUCAAGGAGGGCAGACUGCAGCUCACGUGCCGCGCUUCCCUCGGCCCCCUGUACGAGCAGAACUCAGACGUGCUCCUCAGCGUGCCGGGAAAAACAGCGGCGCCCUCACAGAAGCUUUACGGAGCGGGUUCCGUGGUUGGUGCCAACUUGGUGAUGUUUUUCCUAACCUGCCUGGUGACGCUGUUCCUGCUGGUGAUGUAGUGGUGACCCCGAUGUGCCGGGGCGCUUUCCCACAUGUCUGUGCGGCGCACCCCGGCACCCUCGGGCCCUUCACACCAGGCGUCAGGGACUCCCUCUCCUGGUGACCUCACAAUGACGUCAAGGUCCAGUGACUUAACCCUGGGUGACCCGCUAACAUGCCCACCCGCCAGUCCCGACACGCAGCAAGCAGGAGACCUUCAUUCCACCACCAGGAUAGAACUACCAGCCAUUCCAAGUGAACCGAGCGGCCCUGCCCUCAGCGGCCAAACCCCGUUGUCUCAGGUGAGCAGCCCAUCGGUGUCAAGUGGCAUUGCGGUGUCGGCUCUUUCAAUCAGUGAGUCGACAGUGCCUGGUCAGCUGUGUCCAGGUGACUAUAUGGUGCCUCUGUCGACGAGUGACUCAGGAGUGCCAAGUGAGUUUCGCUCUAGUGAGUCAUUAUCGCCGAGUGAAAAGACGUUGGUACAGAGGAGAUCAGUUUCCGGUUCGUCGACGGCGCCUCCACCUGGCCCGUGUGGCCACGACAGCGUGCUGCCCAGCGACACAUGGAGGACCAAGAUGGAAUCCCUCAUGUCGAGGACUCUCAACGCCCGCUUCCCAAGACCUCACACUCCAUGCGUCCAGAGCAUCAGUAGCGCUUCAGAAAACCCUUCUCGCUCAGUGUCUCUCGGGGCGUGUGUCCGUGGCCGCUGUCAGGGACUGGACUGCAUGGCCGCCCCUCCAAUGUCACCAAUGCCACCAUACAAACCUCAGGGUCACCAAGACUCAUCCAUGAUCUCAACUAAAAAUUUAGGCUCACCACGGGCCCAACCACGGGGUCACAUGAGGUCACAGUCUGACUUGCCGGCGCCGCACACCUUCUCGGAGCGCUGCACCACUCAGAAGAUAAGGCUGCCUUCGGUCGACUUCUGUGUCUCCCACACUCCGGUCUCAUGGAGCUCUUCGCAGGGUUUUUCUUCCACGAGGCUUCCUGUGUCGGGAGGAGUGGCGGGGGUGGAUCAGUCCUCGCCGUCUCCAGUCCGGUGUUCCACGCCCCUCCCUGGUCUCCACGGGAUGCAUCUCACAUCCUUCAAACGCCGCCGUAGCUGAGGCAGCAAGAGCGGAGUGUGUUGCUUCAUGCGUUCAGUGGAUACAUGAUCAGGUGCCCCCUUGGCCCGUAGCAGCAAGGGCUGCACAGGUCAGGACGCACUCCCCCGUUCAGCGAGACACUGUGUUUAAGGGAGAAAUGCUGCCAUCGAGCACACCAGAGCAACCCGCGGCGGUGGCGAGCCCUCAGUGGUAUGGUGACUGUACUGGAUUUGGCCACCCAGUGAAAAGACGAGAUGAUAAGAUGACAAUAAAGAACACUUACUCACCCACGCCAGAAACCAGAGUACACUGUUUCCAACGUCAGGAGUUCAGUGGUACCUUGUCCCCGCAUUCAGUGUCACCGCGAGCGACCGCCAGUAGUCCCAAGUUUAAAGUUAAAUUUAUCAAAGGAAUGACACCGAAUGUGACGCAACAAAGUGUUCCUCAGGGUCAGAAAGCAACAGCGGUUAUAAUUCCAGAAGGUACGAACACGAUACCACAGGAAUGCUCGAUAACAUUUUAAGGUGUAAGACAGAAUGUCUUUAGUGCUCGGAGCUUGUGUCCGCGAGAACUCGCCAGCCGCCGUGUUGUAUGCGGCGCCAAAUUCUAUGGACGAGGAGUAAAUGGUUCAGGUUGCAAUGAGGUUGUUCCGAAGAGCAGAGACACAAGCACACAGCAGCCCGGAAUGGUCCCGGUGCUCUGAAAACUUCCAUCUCCCCUUAAAAAAAAACAACUUACUUAUAUUCCCUCUCCGGUGUUGUUCUCUGAAGCUAUAUGUUGUAGUAAAGCUGUAGCGGCGUCCCCACCUUGCUGUGGCUUCCAAACGCUGUAUAUUAAGUGAAGCUCCAUUAUGGCGUGUGUAAUAUACUGACCUAAGCUAGGGUUAAGGCGCUGCAGGUAGCUAAUGGAGCGUGACGAGAGACGCGGAAGGUGCAAGACGACACUAUAUAGAACAGUAACUAUACAAGAAUAACUAGUAAUGGGAUAAUUACACCUUUAUUUAUGAGAAACACGAGGUUCUGAGGCAGGAUGAUGAUUCGCUUUCUCAUUAAUUUUCGAAUUGGACUUUAAUGAGGAGCCGCAUCUUGUCUUUCCUUUCCCCGCUGAGAAACGACUUGGUGUAAGUCAGUUCCUGAGACACAAGCGAAUUCCCUCCCUCUCCUUUUUCUCUCUUUCGCUGACAUUCCAUUUUCUCCAACUCCACAGAAGUCUUUAUAAUUUACCCUCUUCCCUCCUUUUCUCCACCAGAGACGUAAACUUUUUUUCACUUCGUCUUAAAAUAUCAAAUGCCACUAGUGAAUUUAAAUUUACUUCUCUACUACUUUCCUAUGAGCAGUUCAUUUUCUUUCUGAGCCAAAGAAAACGGAGGGUGCUAAGGUAGGGCUUCGCUACAUGAAUCUACGUAGAGGAAGUGACUAAGCCGAGUUUACAUACUCCUAGAACAAGGCGAUUAGCUGAGGUGUUCAAGGUUACACAGGGUUUACUUAUCUACACAAACCGAUCAACUGAGCUCUCUCUUUUCCUUUAAUGAAAAUAUAGAUAGGACGCUAAUGUAACUAGGACUUAAAUUACCUUGUGUGUGUGUGUGUGUGUGUGUGUGUGUGUGUGUGUGUGUGUGUGUGUGUGUGUGUGUGUGUGUGUGUGUGUGUGUGUGUGUGUGUGUGUGUGUGUGUGUGUGUGUGUGUGUGUGUGUGUGUGUGUGUGUGUGUGCGUGUGUGUGUGUGUGUGUAUGUUCCUCCAGUCAGUCAGUCAGUACACACGUUCUCCUCACCUGUGGCUCAAACGGCAGGUGAGGCGAGUCAGCAUCAGGAAGUGAACAGCUCGCUCCCUUCCUUUACCUUCCAAACACUGCAAAUAAAACAAAAUAGUGUAUACAUAUAUCUUGCUCAAAAAACACUAACAAUAUAUGGACACCAUCUAUACGAAGACAAAUCAUUUAUAUUUAUUUGGAGACCUUAAAGUGCUAAACAUCACCGUAUAUCUGUUUCAUUUCUAUAUGUUGCCUUACUGGUAGGAAUGACACACGGCGAGGAGGAAUGUGCACUAACAGCUAUACAUAACCACGAACAGAUCUAUACCACACGCGUGCUAUCAGGAGUAUGAAUAAACUAAUGAUGUAACCGAUGUACUUCUAUCUGACUUUUCGAAUGGCAAGGAGGAGGAGAUUAUGGGAGGUCAAGGAAAAGUCCCACGCGGCACACUGACCCUUCACCCAACAGGUCAAUGAUUGCAAGGCUUUACACGAUUACACCCUGAUCAAUCACCCAAUCACUCACAUAAACUCAUUUACAUGGAUAGAAAAAUUACAUCCUCAUUUUUUUUUUUCUUUUAUGAUUUUACGUGAGGCAUUAAAAUCAAGCAAAUCGGAGCAAAUGUUGUACCUUGUUUGUUUCCUUUUUUUUUUUUUAAUAUAAUAAAGAGAAAGCUAUGAUACACCAAAGAGAGCAUGGCAAUAAAUGAAAUGUGCACGUCACACUCCUAGACAUGCAGAAAGAGAAAGAAAAAAAAUGAAAGAGAAAAAUAGAGAAAAAAUAUAUAUAUAUGCAGAAAGAGAAUGGAGUAAAGAAAGUAAAAAAAAAAUAAAACAACAAAACAAAAUAGAAAAGGAAAAGAGGAAAAGAAACAAAAAAAAGUGAAAGGGCAGUAAUAGCAUUUAAAGGUUAGAAUGCACCACAAUUUCACACAUGCAAAUGAAAAAAAAGAGGAAGAGGAAAAAUGCACCACGAUCUUAAACAGGAAAAGAAGUAAAAGAGGAAAAAAAAAGUUAAAUACGCACGAUAACUUCACUUUUGUACAAAAAAAAACGAAAAAAAAAGGUAGAUACACAACAAUACUAUAAAUACACACAGAAAAACAAACAAACAAACAAACACAUGCACACUACAAUGAGAAUAAUACAUAAAGGAGGGGAGAGAAAAGAAAAGGUUAAAACUAAACACGCGAUUCAUUAAAGUAAAAGCUACACACAGUCGGGCGGCGCCUCCCAUGGUCUCCUCCUCCCGUUCUCGUUUCAGUGAGUGGAGUCGACAUUAGCUUUAACGACGGCGGUGUUACUGAACGUGUUAUCCAUGUAUGUCAUUUAUGUGAAAAGUAUUUAUCAAAGGGGCGAAAGUCAAGUCCGUAGUGGGGUAGUUUGAUGUAUCGGAAAAAUAAAACCAAUAAACUUAUUUAUACA